CAGUAUAACAUAGACAUGUAAACAACAAAAAGAAAAGUUAACACGGUUGAAAUAUGAUCGGAUACUAUGUUUAAACGUGCAUUUAAACAUAAUACAAUUGGAAUACGAAUUUAACCCGAUAAUAGUAUUUUUAUGACAUUUUGCUUUCUGGAAAAUACUACAUUAAAUUGAUUAGACUAUAUUGAUCAGGACAGGUUUAGACGUUAUAAUGCAAAUAAAGUAACAAAACAAUGAAACAUGAGCAUGUACACACAUUUUAAGACCUCGGACUACUUGACAGUGAGCAGUAUCAAGAGUAUAUACGUGAGUAGAAUUUUCGGCGAUUUUCAUCAAUGCCAAAAAUAGCCGUCAUCGGUGCCGGCGUGGUUGGUCUGUCGACUGCCAUCAACAUACAGAAACGACAGCCGUCGGCGGAAGUUACUAUUAUUGCCGACAGAUUUGACAAACAGACAACAAGUCAUGGAGCCGGCGGUUUAUUCCGACCAAACGUUGAACAUACACUUGGUGUGAAUCCCGAUACUGUCACACGAUGGAGUGUUGAAGGAUUCAAGUUCUAUUCUAGUCUCGCAGUGUCCCCUGAGUCACGUGAUACGGGUCACAUGAUCAUGCCAGGUUAUGUGUUUAGUAAUACAGAAAUUCAGAAUCCGCUAUAUAAAAGUCUUGUGUUCAGUUUUCGCCAGUUGACUCCCGACGAACUAAGGAAAUUAUCAGUAAAUUACAAGUAUGGGUACCAGGUAACUACAGUGAUUACAGAUUGCAGUCGAUAUUUGCCUUGGUUAAUGACUAGAUUCAAAGAGCAUGGUGGGACAGUAGAAAAUAGGCAUGUCAAGAGUUUAGAAGAGUUUGUAGGUGAAUAUGAAGUUGUAGUAAACUGUACAGGAUUUUCGAGCCGAGAGUUGGUUGGAGACAAGUCGGUGUAUCCAGUCAGAGGACAUCUUAUACGUCUCAAGGCUCCUUGGAUAAAGUACUGGGUGUAUACGGAAGAUUCUGCCUAUUUCGUUCCAAGUUUUGACACAGUGGCGAUCGGUGGAAUUCGUCAGAAGAAUAAUUUCAGUUUAGACAUCGACCCGAAGGACACAGCUGGAAUACUGGAAAGAUGUUAUAAACUUUGGCCGAGUCUCAAGGGAGCGCCAAUACAAAGAGAAUGGGUUGAUCUGAGGCCUCAUAGAGAUCCUCUCAGGUUAGAGAAGGAAGUCAUGAAGUUUCCAAAAGGAUCUUUAAACGUUGUUCAUAAUUACGGACAUGGUGCCUCCGGCAUAACUCUGUCUUGGGGCACAUCACUGGAUGCAGCCACACUUGUUGCGGAACAUUUAAACCAGAAUACGUCAAGAUUAUAAACUGUAAUAACUGUACAAGAAAAGAUAUAAGUAAAUUUAUGUUUAGAAAGUUAACCAGAAUGCUUUUAUCGAUAUUGUCUUGACUUUUUUAAACUUUUUUAAAACCUAUUAUUGUAACAUGGAAACGUUUAAAUAUUGAGCCAUUACCCAAGCUCCACUAUUCCUUUGUUUCUUUCUUGCUAUUGCUUACAUGUAUAUCUUACUGUAACUUCACAUUAACAUUGUUCAGCAUACAAACAAAGUAUGUGCAGGGACUGGGCCUAAUUUACCUGGGUAAAGGUCACUAGGGUGUUAUACUUAGAUUAUUUUCAAGGUUAAUGAAAAAAUAAUAAGUUCCCAAACGUGGUUUAUCGUAGAAUAACCCGAGUUUUGAGUUCUUAUGCGUAAGAAUAUAUCACGAAGACCAUAGGCCUGAGUGAUAUGUUGUUUCACCUCGGGACAUUUUACGAUAAAUCACACCUGGGAAAUUAUUAUUUCGAUUCUAACACGACAUACUAAUAUCAGCAGUGUUAGAAAAAAAUGGUACUUUUUACGACCGUGCUACGCACCUGGAUCGGAUGACGUCAUUGCACGCGAGUGGUUUAUUGCAGGAUAACACAAGAUAGAAUUUGCUCACAUGUAUGAAGGUUAUUUGCUGGUCGUGUUAGAAUAUACUAUCUGCAUGUGUGGUAACGAUCCCAAUAACUCUAAUUUGUGUUCUUGACAGAAUCUUUUUAUAUCUUCGUGUAUCUUCCUUUUAAAGUAGAGGUCUUUUACUGAGACACUAUUCAUUUUACUGUCAAAUCGCCGAAGAGUGGGGCGCGCUGUCUUACGGACAGCUCUUGUUUAUCUUUGCAGUGAAACAUUUUAUGAAAAUUAAGGAGAAAAUUCAUCUAUUUAUUAUGUAAAUCACAUUGUCUUACUUGUGCGUGUGUGUGUGUGUGUGUGUGUGUGUGUGUGUUCGGGUUUAACGUCUUUUUCAACAAUAUAUCAGUUAUAUAAACGACGGUGUCUACUUGUAGCAGGGAGCACUAUGUCCAACUUUAUAGUGCUGCCUCACUGGAAUAUUGUCUUACUUUUAGAAUGGCAUCAGAUGAUUCUAUCUUGGUCUUUUACUCAUAAAAUAGAUUUGUUUUGUACCUUAUAAAGCUCUUUUAUAGGGGAUUUAUCCACGGCGCGAAGCGCCGGAGAUGAAAAUCCCCGAGACGGUAACGUCCGUAUAUUCGUCUUUGUUGUCUGCAUAUACUGAGGCAAUUUUUUCGAUGUUUUCCGGUUCCGGUUUAUAUACACACCGCAGACUGGUUGUCUGCAUGAACAUCCGAGCACCCCGAAUCAGUCAUAGAAAUUCGUAAACCGCGCUAACAUGAUUAUUUUACAUCUUUUUCGUAAUGAAAACUGUACAUGCAACUGAAAAACACUUUUAAAACAGUAAGGAAGUGUAAAGGCCGUCAAGUUUCUGCGUGGAGAGCAAACAUACAAAAAAAUCCUAAAGCCAGUGCGUCACCGUCACGGCUUCCCGUAAAUUUUGCAAAGUAUGAUAUUCGCUGUAAGAGGUAUGAUGACACUAAAUGUAAACUACAGUUUAGAGCGAAGUUUCACUUUCUUGAGCGUUGAAUAUUUCUUUCUAAGCAGAUAUAUAAAAGAUAAAUCCCCAUGCUAGGCGGUGCCUUAAUUCAUAUUAUAUGGUUAUUUGAUUUCACAAUGAAGGUUCCUGUCACAAAUUGACAUACGGGCCUUAUCUUAUCUGUAGUGUAAAUGCAGGUAUUGCAUCAUCUUUUUGUAAAUUUUUGAGUUAUUGAGGUAAAUGUCAGAUUUCACGCAUAAAAUAUCUCUCAUGUUUUUCUGUAUUUCAUAACUUAAAUUUCCAUGUAAAUUUCAUUAAAUUCGGUUCAGUAAUAAGAAAGUUGAUAUUUUAUAAACUUCAGUAAUUUAUGUUUUUAUCCCCAAAACCACUAUAAUGGGCCUCAAAUUGUCAAUUUCAAUCCGCGCCAAAGUAGUUAGAUUCCCCGGCUAUAUCGUGAAUCCCGUGGAAAUACAAAUAGUCAAGAGUUUACGCAUAGGCCGUGAAUCCCAUGAAAUUUAGUAUUUGGCGGGACAUUUCCCUUUAAAAAAACUGGACUAGAUAUGCCUUGCGCACACCACCUUCCGACAUUAUAGACGAAUCUAUGUCUGAAUUAUUUUCUUGCUAGAAAUUUAUGCUCGAUCGAGCUUCUUCCGCUAGACGAUUUUCCUGGUGAUGUCAUAACCCGGAAGUACAAUGCCCGAGGUUCACUUGUCUUCACUCGCCUGGAUGUGAUAUUCCCAGCGCAGAGCUUACGUCACAUGGUUGUGCCGUAAACCGCAAAGACGCUGAUUUUUGUUACCCUCUGAAGUCAGCUCAGGGAUGCAAUCACCUACCACCAUAGGGAGCCAAUACGGAAUCAACGUAUUCACGGUUUAAAGGGACUUGUUUUAGAGAUACGUUUAUAUAUUGUUUGUGCUACUUAAAGUUUAAAGAACUGUGACACGUCACUUUAGAAUGGAACUGUAAGAUCUUUUGUAUCCGGAGAUACUGAACUUUGAUUUUUUUUCUUUCUUAUAAUCAGUUUUUUUUUUUCAUAUCAUCUAUUCAUUGUUAAUAAUCAUCUUAUGUAAAUUUGUAAAUAUUGUAAAGGGUGUUGAUUUGUUCUGAUGGUUACUGUCGCCGGUACGGCCUUUCCUGUCACAGUUCCAUGUAAGUGUUAGACAAAAUUUCUUAUGUCCUAAAGGCAUCCAGAUUGUAUAUGCGUCUGUCAUCAAAUAGACCAAAACGUUUAACCCUUACCCUGCUAAAUUUCUAUGAUGAGCUUGCCUGUCAGUACCACUAGCUGUUAAAACUGCUACUUACCAAAAAGAUACUGACUGAAGGGCGAACAGUGCAGAUCAUGAUUAGACUGCACGGAUGUGCAGGCUAAUCAUGAUCUACACCGGUCGCAAAGGCAAAAGCGAUCGUGUCUAGAAUGAUAAGGGUUAAACAUCAAUGAAGAAUAAACAAGAGGCACAAAUGAACCUGAGUCGCUCACACGAGGAUCGAGGACUGCGAAUUUUAAAUCUUGCUUCUGAGCUUGCUUGGGGAAUAUGCAUUAAGCAGUUUAAUUAAGUUAUUAUUAUUAUCAUUGCUGAGACAGCCUCUGAAACCGGCCAAGCAGCCAGACCUGUGUAAACAAACUUAAGAGAUGAUCAUGAAACGAUGCUACAAACCAAGUUGGGAAAAAUUCUGUCAAGUGCUUCAUUUUAGCUCUCGUUGCCCCUUAAAUUGAUCAAGCCGUUUCAUUAUAUUUGACCAUAAAAUGAUGCUACUUACAAAGUUUGGUGCUGAUCUAUCAAUUUGUUUU